GGAGACCCAAGUGCAUGUGCAGAGCUCAGGACAGAAGCGCAUCUUUGGGCCACCUGAGGAAUAAUACAAGCACGAAUUAGACUCCAGGAGGACUGCGAAGGCGGCUUGCACGAAGAUAAUACGAGGAUGGCAGCCUGGCGCCUCUUGGGCUUGACGUUUGCCUUAACAGUUAUGCUGCAGAGGGUCUCCAGCUCAGGCGUCUUCCAACUGGAGCUGCGCGAGUUUGUCAAUGGCCAGGGCUCACUAGCAAGCGGAGAGCCCUGCGGGGCUGGCUGCAGGACCUUCUUUUUCGUUUGCCUGAAGCAUUUCCAGGCUGUGAUCUCACCAGGCGCCUGCACCUUCGGGAGGAUCAUCACGCCAGUGUUGGGAAUCAACUCUUUCGCCAUCAAGGAGACGGAGGGGUUUGGCAGCCCCAUCAAGCUCCCUUUUAACUUCACCUGGCCGGGCACUUUCUCAUUGAUCAUCCAAGCCUGGCAUGCUCCCGAAGGUUACCAUCCAACAGGUUCUGAGACACCCGCCGAGAAAUGGCUCAUCAGCGAAAUGGCGAUCCAGCGCUCGCUAGCGGUGGGCGAGGACUGGUUCCAGGACGAGCAGAGCAACGAGCGGGCCAAGCUGAGUUACUCCUACAGAGUGGUGUGCAACGAGCACUACUAUGGGGACAACUGCUCCCGCCUCUGCAGGAGUCGGGACGACCACUUCGGCCACUACAUCUGCGACUCCGACGGCCACGUCGCCUGCAUGCCAGGCUGGACGGGCAACUACUGCACCGAAGCAAUCUGUCUAGCUGGGUGUUCAGAGAAAAGUGGAUUUUGCAGAAAUCCAGGAGAGUGCAUUUGUCGUAGUGGUUGGGGUGGCCGUUACUGUGAUGAGUGCAUCCCUCAUGUCGGUUGUCGCCAUGGGACCUGUACAAAACCGGGGAAGUGCCUAUGUGAUGAAGGCUGGGGAGGCCUGUUCUGUGAUCAAGAUCUGAACUACUGCACCCAUCACAAACCCUGCAAAAAUGGAGCCACUUGCACAAACACUGGCCAGGGAAGUUACACAUGCUCCUGCAAAGAGGGUUUUACUGGAGUUGACUGUGAACGGAAUAUCAGUGAAUGUGACAGUAACCCUUGCAAGAAUGGAGGCAGUUGCACGGAUUUAGGGAAAGAUUACAAAUGCACAUGUCCCCCAGGAUAUGACGGUGUUAACUGUGAACACAGUGCCUUGACAUGUGUUGACUCUCCAUGUUUUAAUGGUGGAACAUGUCUAGACAGGCAACAAAGAACCAGCUAUGCUUGCCUUUGCCCUAUGGGCUUUACGGGAUCUAACUGUGAAAAAAAAGAGGACAGAUGUACCAACAACCCUUGUGCAAAUGGUGGACAGUGCUUUGUUUUGGGCCAACAGCAUGUAUGUCGCUGUCGUCCUGGCUUCUCUGGACAGAAAUGUGAGAUAAACAUCAGCAAGUGUUCCAGAAAUCCAUGUUCCAAUGGCGGAUCUUGUCAUGACCUCGUGGCUACCCAUGAUUACACAUGUACUUGCUUGCCAGGCUAUACUGGCAGAAACUGUGAUAUCAGAACUAGAGAUGGAUGUGCCUCUGGGCCAUGCCAGAAUGGGGGAACUUGCUACAUUGGAGUUUAUACUAGCAGUUUUGCUUGCCAUUGUCCCCCUGGCUUCAUGGGCAGCCAUUGUGAAUUUCCAGUAGCUGAGCUUCCUAAACCAGUUCCAUGGGUAGCGAUAUCCAUGGGAGUUGGGCUAGUGGCUCUUCUCAUGUUGUGCUGCAUGAUAGCUAUAGUUAUCCGGCAGAUGCAGAGGCAUCCAGAGCAGAAUUCAGAAACCAUGAACAACCUGUCUGACUUCCAGAAAGAAAAUCUCAUUCCAGCUUCUCAACUUAAAAACACCAAUAAGAACAAAGACCUUGAAGUAGACUGUGUGCUAGAGAAGUCUAACUACAAAGUUAAGAAUCACACACUGGAUUAUAACCUGGUGAAGGAACUGACAAGUAGAGGAGCUCAGGAAGAUAAAUACCAUAAAAGUGAAAAGUGUAUAGGAGAGAAAUCACCCUUCUGGUUACGCAGUGAAAAGCCUGAAUGUAGAAUAUCAGCAGUGUGCUCUCCAAGAGAUUCCAUGUACCAGUCUGUCUUCGUGAUAACAGAGGAACGAAAUGAGUGUGUUAUAGCCACAGAGGUAUAAAGCUGAAGGCUACUCUGUUUGCACCUCAAUUUUGGAGAUGCCACAAGGUGGACAUUCCUGCUACAUUGUUUACAAUUCAGCAUUGGAUUGGACUUGUAUUUUUUAGUAUAUGCAAUUUGCUGCUCUCAGGAGGAGGAGAGGAUGGAAGUGGGUGAACUGGACAGACUGUGAAUUUAAAAGGUGCAAUAGACCUUAUUUUCCCCUGUUCCCUUAUUUUGAAGUCUAAUAGGAGGAAUGUAACUGACUACAGGGAGGGGAGAGACAGAAAUAAUGUCUCUUACUAGCCUUUGAAAUUACGUUGCUGCCAGUUGCUCAUGGACUUGUGUGACUUUCCAGAACUUCAGUCUUGGGAGGUGCCAGUUGGUGCAGAAGGCACUCAGCCAUUAUCAGAGUAUACCAACAAUACUGUGCGAAGAAUGAAUGGAGAAACAUAUUUUUCUAUGCAGAUAAUGGAUACAGAACAAAUGAGGUCAUCAUUUUUUGUCCUGGAUUUGUAAGUGCCUAAUGCGUGUCUGAGAAUCUAGAGAGCCCAAAUCAAGACAUACCUGCUUAUCCCCCCUGGAGUAUUCAAAACAGUAUUGGCCAGGAGUGGCUGUCAAUACCUCCUGUUGUUCCUCUGUUUCACAUCCCUUUCCCCUUUAUAUAUUGCUCACAGACAAUGUAAGGAAGAUGAUUACUGAAUUGGCAUUUCAUCUCAUAGGAUGAUGCUUUGAACAAUUGAGUAGAAAGUUGGGAUUUGUUCUUAUUUUUGAACUACAGGGACAUCCAUAGACUUAGAAGAGAAGGAGAAUCUUGCCUCCUUCUGCUUAUUAUGGGAAAGCUUAAUCCCACUGCUCACUGAAAGCCUUACAAGUGCGUUUAAAAUCAAUCAGCUGUUUUAAUACCUUUUGCACUACUAGUUGCUAUGAAAAGAAGUGUUUCUUUUCCUUUGUUAUGCAUAAGGAAGGACUUGGAUUUUAGGUUAGAUAUCUGAGUCUGGUGCCACCAUUUGAACUGCAAUUACUUGCAAAGUCUAAAACUGUUUUUUUUUUUACAGCGAGGGAAGUUGUGUAUGAGCUCUGCCUUUUUAUAUUUUGCUACAGAACCACCACUAUCUACAGUUCAGUCUCUUUCCAAAUGUCUAACAAAGACUAAGCUAUGAAAGGGACUUCUUGAGGGAUAUAGGGUGGGGAAAACCUUAAUUCUCUUGGCUUGCCCUGCUUGUUCAUUCCUUCACACUGCUACAUAGAAGGAGUAAUUUUACAUUUUUGAGUCCAAAGGAGCUGUUCUGAACUGGAAAACAGUGCACAGAGACUAUCGUAUACAUUUGCAGCAAUAAUAAUAGACAUUUCAGAUAGGAAGUGCUGUGAUGUUUGUAGUGAUAAACAAGUACUGUGGGAAAGAGAAUAUGGCGGAAGCAGAGAGGAAGCAAAUUUUCAUUCAAGGAAGUUGGGAUUGUGCUUUCUGCGGUGGAAGAGCAAUGUUCCUGACCUUGUAAAUCCAGCAUUGGAUUAGUCCACCUACAGCCUUGAAUUGUUCAAGCAACAUAUUGCUUGGAAUGUUCGCUACUGACCUUUUGGUCUGACCAUUCAAGACCAUUAUGAAGAUGACCUUCAGAAAUCAAUAAUAUGGUUUAUACUAGUGUCUGUUUGUAGUUUAUUUUGAAGCCUAGUAUUUCAGUAAUUUAAAAAGAAAAUCAGAAGCACUGAACUUUCUACAUUUCGUAACAUUAUUUUGUAUAUAAUGUAUAUUUAUAAUCAAAAACAGAAGUGUACAUAUGUUUAUUACUUAUGUAAUGUUUUUAUGUGAUGACAAAGUUUGAAUUUUAUUUUUUUUCCAAAUAAUGAAAAUACCU